CUGUUCGAUCUGGCGUUUCACGGGGCCGGUCUGGGGACCACGCUGCUCGGCCUGAUCGUGCUCGGCGCCCUGCUGGUCGAAAUCGUCAGCGCCGGCGUGGGACGGCUGUCGUGGGACUUCCUGACGAGCCUGCCCUCCCGCCGGGCCGAGGACGCCGGCAUCUACGCCGCGCUGCUGGGGACGGUCUGGGUCAUUUCCGCGACAGCCGUGCUCGCGGUGCCGGUGGGCGUGGGGACGGCGAUCUAUCUCGAGGAGUAUGGGACCCGGGACCGCUGGUUUCGGCUCAUCGAGAUCAACAUCGCCAAUCUGGCCGGGGUGCCGUCGAUCAUCUACGGCCUGCUCGGUCUGGGGCUGUUCGUGCGGGCCCUCGCCAUGGGACGGAGCGUGCUCGCGGGUGCAGCGACCCUGGCGUUGCUCGUGCUGCCGGUCGUCAUCCUGGCGUCCCGCGAGGCGCUGCGCGCGGUCUCGCCAUCCCUGCGCGAGGCCUCGUACGCGCUCGGGGCGACUCGCUGGCAGACCAUCUGGCAUCAGGUGCUCCCGGCCGCGCUGCCGGGCAUCCUGACCGGCACGAUGCUGGCGCUGUCCCGGGCGAUCGGCGAGACGGCCCCGUUGAUCACCAUCGGCGCCCUGACCUACGUGCCGUUCGCGCCCGACGGCAUCUGGUCACCAUUCACGGUGCUGCCGAUUCAGGUGUUCAACUGGGUGUCUCGACCGCAGGAAGCGUUCGUCGAAAACGCUGCAGCCGGUAUCAUGGUGUUGCUGGCGCUGCUCCUGGCGAUGAAUGGGACGGCGGCGUGGUUGCGCGAUCGGUACCAGCGGUAG